AUGCCUCCCCGCGCGGACAAGGGCUCGGGCGCCGCUGGCAAAGCCGGCGAGGGCUCGGGCGAGUUUGCCGGCCCCUUCACUUUCAACGGCCACAUCCCCUCAACGACCGACCUCAAGUUCAUUUUCGCCUUCGUCAACCAUUUCAAGGUCAAGCCCGAGAUGAACUGGGAGGAGCUGACCGAAGAUCUUGGCCUGAAGGGCAAGAAGAGCACCUACGAGCGCUGGCGCCUCUUCCGCCAGAAGUUCGGCAUCACGCUGCCCGAGGAGAGCGCCAACGGCCCCAAGAAGUUCACGGCCACCACCACCACCACCCCCGCUGCCCGCGGCAGCGGCAACACCAACGACAGUGAGGACGAGGGCGCCCCCACCGUCGCCACCCCGGCCAAGCGCAGCAGCGCGAAGGCCGUCUCCACCGCCGGCACCCCGCGCACCCCGGGCUCUGCCGCGGGCAAGAAGCGCGCUGCGGCCGCUUCUGCUGCCGCCUCUGCUUCCUCUCCUACCGCCGGCACCCCGACCAAGAAGGUCAAGGGCUCCGCCGGCGCUGGUGUUGGUGGCUCCGGCUCGCCGGCCGCCGCCAGCAAGGGCAAGGGCGUGGUCAUCCCUCCCACGCCCCAGAACAACGGCGAGCCGUCGCCUUCUCCUCUUUCGUCCCCGGCUUCGGACUACAGCACCACUCAGAUGGCGGAGUAG